GAAGUCACUCCGCUGUCAACGCGAAUCAAAGAAGAAGACUCUCCGAUCCGGGACUCGGGAGGAGUGCAAAACCGCAGCUGGUGUGUGGAGGACACGGAAAACGACGGAUUGAAGAGGUGAAAAAGUAACUUGGAAAACUAGGAUCCGCAAAGUGUAGAAAAAGUGUUAAUUCUUCGCGAUUCACCGCAAUACGGCGUCGGAAUGUCCUCCCGAGUUGGCUGCCCGACGGUGAAGUGUACAGUUCGUGGAAUUCCGCGAGUGGCAAUGUAAUCGGGGGGAUUUUUUUUUCGAUCCAUGGUGGCGGAGUGAUUUAAUGGCCGUGUUCGAUGAUAGUGGCAGUAGCAGCAGCAGUACCAACAACAACAGCAGCAACAAUAUUAUUUGCAAGGUGAAAAACAGCAAUGGUAACAGCGUUGUUGGCAGCAGCACCAGCUCCAGCAACAGCACAUCCAAAAUUACUAGCCAAGGAGCAUCAACAGCAGCAGCAGCAAAGGAAACGGGAAAAGUUCCCAACCUGUCUCUGUACGAGGACAAUCUGCGGACGGCGCGUACCAUGUCGGCCGACACGGACGAUACGGAUGACGAGCAACAGCUCGAGGCUCUGGAUCCGUACUCGCAGCUCGAGGAGGACCUCCGGAACAUCAAGUCCGUGAUCCAUGUCACCCGGGAGAACAUCGACGCGCUGAAUGCCAAGUUUGCCGACUUCCAACAACCGCCGGCGCUCUAUCUGGAGGAGUAUCAGGAGUUGACCUCGAAACUGCACGAACUCGAAACCAAGGAGCAGGAGCUAAUGGAGCGGAAAAGUCAAAUGCAGCAGGCACGGGUUCAAGCGGCCCAGCAGAGCGAACGGGAAUCGACGAGUGAACCGAGCGAACCGCCCGAUCCGGAGGAACGCGUUGAGGUCGACAGCAUGUGCGGUACACUGAGCCGCACGUCCAAGAUGCUACUGCGGGCCCACCUACCGAAUCAGCAGCGAACAUCAGUCCAAGUGGUCCCCGGAAUGCGACUGAAGGAUGCGCUCGCCAAAGCCCUGAAGCGACGUAACCUCACCUGUGACAUCUGUGAGGUAACGUCGGCCAACAGCGACUACCCGAUCCACUGGGACACGGACGUCAGCAUGCUGAACUGCGAGGAGGUGUUUGUCCGCAUUCUGGACAUCGGGUUUCCCACGUACAUUUCGCACCAGUUCAUCCGGAAGACGUUCUUCUCGUUAGCCUUCUGCGAGUGCUGUCGCCGGCUUCUCUUCACCGGAUUCUACUGCAAUCAGUGUAACUACCGGUUCCAUCAGCGGUGCGUGGACAAAGUUCCGCUGGUGUGCAGCAAACGGCACAUGGAUAACACCUUCUAUCACCAUUUGUUGGCCAAUCCGGAGAGCACCGUUGGCAUCAUCAACCCCGGAACGGGCGGUUACAACACUAGUCUGCGACAUCCGCGCUCGCUCAACCAGCAGGAUCGGUCCAAUUCGGCACCCAACGUGUGCAUCAACAGCGUCAUGAAGCCGCUGUUCGGCGCGGUGGACAAUCGGCCAUUGAUCAACUGCAGACCACUCCAGGUAGCGUUUCCAUUGCAGGCUCAAGCCAACCAGGAGCAUUCACAUUCCACUCAAGCAUCACCGACGAAUACGCUGAAGCACAGUAAACGUCCGAGGGCACGGUCGGCCGACGAAAGCAAUAAGAAUCUGCUCUCGCCACGCGACUCCAAGCAGUCCGAGGAGAACUGGAACAUCCAAGCGGAGGAAAUCCUUAUCGGGCAGCGCAUCGGCUCCGGUUCGUUCGGAACGGUCUACAAGGCGCACUGGCACGGGCCGGUGGCCGUGAAAACGUUGAACGUCAAAACGCCCAGCUCGGCGCAGCUGCAGGCGUUCAAGAACGAGGUCGCUAUGCUGAAGAAGACUCGUCACUGUAAUAUACUGUUAUUCAUGGGUUGUGUAAGUAAACCAUCGCUAGCGAUCGUUACUCAGUGGUGCGAGGGCAGCAGCCUGUACAAGCACAUUCACGUUAUCGAGACAAAGUUCAAAUUGAAUACGCUAAUAGAUAUAGCCCGACAGGCGGCCCAGGGCAUGGACUAUUUACAUGCCAAAAAUAUCAUUCAUCGGGAUCUCAAAUCGAACAAUAUCUUCUUGCACGACGAUCUGUCGGUCAAGAUAGGCGAUUUCGGCCUGGCCACGGCCAAGGUCCGAUGGUCCGGUUCGCAGCAGUCUAAUCAACCGACCGGUAGUAUUCUCUGGAUGGCUCCGGAGGUCAUUAGGAUGAAGGAGGUCAAUCCAUACUCAUUCCAGAGUGAUGUUUACGCGUUCGGAAUCGUAUUGUAUGAGAUGCUCACCGAGCAGUUACCCUAUAAUCACAUAAACAACAAGGAUCAAAUCCUGUUCAUGGUAGGUUGUGGCAAAUUGCGGCCCGAUCUGGCCAAUGUGCGUUCCGAUUGUCCACAGGCGCUCAAGCGCAUCGUGGAGGAUUGCAUCAAAUUCGGUCGGGAAGAUCGCCCCCUCUUCCGGCUACUGUUGAACAUGCUGGAAAAUAUGCUCCGCACGCUGCCCAAGUUCCACCGCAGUGCAAGCGAGCCCAACUUCACCCAAACGCAGCUUCAGAACGAUGAUUUUCUCUAUCUUUGCUCCAGCCCAAAGACUCCGGUUAAUUUCCAUAACUUUCAGUUUUACAACGGGACGGGCAACAUCUAGCCCGCUCGCUUGCGUGACGGGGCGCUGAAAGCGGGUUCCUCGCGAUCGUCCUGGUGGGCAUUGCUUGAUAGAUCAGCGUUGAUGGUAUUUUGAGGGACGAUUUUUGACAUUCUGCUGGGGAGAGAGCAGUAUGAUUCUCACUGUGUAACCAUUAUCGAUUUUAUUGUAUUAACAGUUUGAUUCGCUUCCUGGGUCUCCAUUCUCCAUGCAUCGAUGUUUCAAGCAUUUCGCCCCCUUAAUGCUAGAACUAGGUAACUCGUUUUGGAAAAUGCGGAUAAAAAUGGCUGGUAAAACUUAUCCUGGUAUAAAACAUACUCUUUGUUGGUCUUAAAAGUUGAAUUAAUAUGUGUUUUCGAGUUUUCAAUUGACAAACUUGUGUUUAUUGUGAUGUACGUUCAGAUAUAAACAAAUUUCUAGCGAUUUCGCAAAACUAGUUACCUAGUUCUAGCAUUAAGGGGACGAUUUUAUCAUAACUAAAUUGUGGUAUAAACUUAUAAAAUAAAACCGUAUCUUAGUUUCGUAUGAAUCAAGGUUAGAAUCUCUUCGUUGCCUUCCUAUUUAAUAUACAUGUGUAUUAUAUGAAUAGAAAACCUACAAAGAAGUUUAGUUCACCGAGUUUAAUGCAUUACUGUUUUGGUAUUAAUGAGGAAGGUUCCGAACAUGUAGGGUUUACUACUCCAGAAAAAAAACGGCUCUUAUUUCUAGCGUUGAAUGCGAAACAUUCAAAAUAGUCAAGCUUGUGGUUCCGCAAAGAAAUUGGAAGUCCAGAAAAAUCUUCGGAAUAACAUCCGAAGAGCAAAUUGAAUUCGAGGGCUGGUUAGAUAACCGCGAUGGGGGAAGAAAGAGUCACAAUAGGACAGAUCGGUGAAGUACUAGAUUUGUAGUAAUGAGCUGAAUUUUAGUAUGGUGAGAAGGUGAAUUCUCCGUUUCUGCAAUGAAAUGGUGCAAAAAGCGUGGGUAUUAUGAUUCCUUGUCUAAUUUAAUGCUGUUUGAGCAAAACUUUGGGCAACAGUGUUGUUAUUUUCUCCAUUUCUUGCAACAUAAACAACAUAGUUAUCCAAAGUUUUGCUCAAACAGCAUCAAAUUAGGUAAGGAAUCAUAAUACCCACGCUUUUUGCACCAUUUCAUUGUAGAAACGGAGAAUUGAGCUUCUCACCAUACUAAAGUUCAGCUCAUUACUACAAAUCUAGUACUACACCGAACGUGCUCCAUUUGCCAAGAAACUGCAAAUUUUAGAUAUAUGGAAGCUGAUGAAUUUGAAAGUUAGAACCCCAUUCAGAAAUCCUUCCUUUUUUUUACCAAGAUACCUCUCGUAAUUUCUUCCGGGAUUCUUCUAGAGAUUUUCAACGGAACUUCCAGAAUUCUUCCAUGAAUUACGUUCAUGGCUCUUUCACCAGGAGUUCCUCCAUUUGCUUUUGGAGUUUGACCCGAAUCUCUCAGGAAUUCACCAGUAGUUUCUCUGAUUUUUACGAAUUCAUUACUGGCAUUCUUCCGAAUUUAUGACGAAUUUUCUUUCCAAAUCGUUCCUGAAGUUCAAUCCGCGACUAUUCCAGGAGUUUUUCCUAGGGUUUCCUUUGCAGUUCUUCUCUAGAUUUCUCUAAGGGGUUUUUGUUCAGGAGCUCCUCCCGGAAUUUAUAUCAUAAUUCCUGUCGGUGUUUCUAUCAGUCGUCUUCCUCGGAUUUUCCUGGAGUUCCUACCGAGAUUUCUCUAGAAGGGCGCCCGAGAUUUUCUCAGGAUUAUCCAGAGUUUCUACAGGAAUUUCUCUUGAGAUUAUUCUCAAUGGUUUCUAGAGAUUUCUAUUCCGCUAGGUUCCUCUAUCUCUUGUUUCUGUCUCUUAGAUUUUUCGCCGGUUUUUUUCCGCAGUUUUUUCUCUGGGACUCUGCUAAAUAUCUCUUCGGAAUUCUUCCUGCAGAUACUUACGGGAUUUCUACAAUAUGUUCUCCUAGGUUUUUUUUUUCUCAGAGCUUCUCGAUAUUUCUCCAGGAAUUCUUCCUACGAACUCUCCCAGAAGUACUACCGGACUGCCUCCGAGGUUUCUCCUGGUAACCCUUCUAGAAUUUCCUUUGGAGUGUUGUCCGAAAUUUCUAUUAAAGUUCUAUCCAAAAUAUCUUGCUUCGUGUUCAAGAGAUUUUUACCACUUGUUCCUGGGAUUUCUUUCACAGAUUUCCCCGGUUUCUCCACACACUUAGUUUAGACGAUUUAGACACAACAGAUAACCGGUAUCUCAACUUUGACAGUUUAUUGCUGAGAAUUAGCUAACACAAGGUAUGUAGCUAAACACUCAAAAAAUGACAGUGCAUGCUACAUUUAGUCGUGCUGAACACGUGUGUUCGAAAAUUGUGUUGAAGUAAACUUCUCUUUAUUUAUACGAACUUGGUCUGCUGUAGUUUUUACGACCAAAUAUGUAGUAGGGUCUGGGACUAUUUGGGCAGGAGCACCUAUUUUGGGCACUUGCUGCUAUAACUCAAUCGAUUUUGAACCGUUUGACGUGUUUUUUGAGACACGCUCAGAAACGCACAGUAUCUAGCCAUGUGCAAAAAUUCAAGUCAAUCGCUUUGAAAUUCACUGAGUUAUAGCAGCAAGUGCCCAAAAUAGGUACUCCUGCCCAAAUGGUCCCAGACCCUAAUUUCAAAUUGAUUACUUUUUAUUCAUACGGUUCGUUAUGUUAUGCCUAGUAGUAUUGAGGGUUUUGGUUCCGGAAGGACUUUAGAGAUUUCUCCGAAAGAGCAUCUGGAGAACACGCUGAAUCCAGACGGGAGCUUGUUAGUUCUCCUCUAGAUGAUGAAUUUGGAUGGAUUGAGAGCAAACAGAUGUUUCGGUAAAGAGGGAAGAGUCGAAAUUUUAGUUUUCCUCCUAAAAUUAAUCCCAAAUUUGUUUCCUUAUAGUUUCUUAGGAUUUUUUAUCCAAAAUUCCCCUCUAAAUUUUUACAAUAGUUAUUUGCGGAAUUUCUCGUAAGAUUUAACCUGGAAAUUUCGUAGAUUGUCCCUGGAGGUAUUCUCCAGAUUUAAUUUCCGGAAAAUUCCUGCAAGAGCUCCGGGAGCACGAAAUCUCAAAAGGAAACUUGGUACAAUUUCUGUUUAGUUUCUCUUAAAAUCCCAGGAGGAUCACUGCAGGAAAUUUUCUAAACAAACUGUGACAAAAACCUGGAAAAUCCUCUGGAUGAAAUCGCGAAAAGAACUGCAUAAGAAAUAUCAGCAGUUAGUAGCUCCUGCAGAAAUCGCAAAAGAACUACGAAGAAAAAGCCGAAAAAACCUUGGAAUGAAGUCCAAGACAAAUCUAGAAAAAAGACACCCAGCCCCAGGAGCCACACCGAAAUGAAUCCUUCAAUGGAAGUUUCGGGAAAAUCUCCGAGAAAAAUCUCAGGCGAAGCUUCAAAAGAAAAUUUUGCGAGAAAUAUCCCGGGAGAAAUUCUAGGAAGAAGCUCACUGAAAGAAUUUCGGGAGGAAUUCCUGCAGCAAAUUCUUGAAAAAAUCCUGAGGAAUUCUUUGGAGGAGCCCUAGUAGCAUUCCAGGAAUACCUCCUUUACAGACUCCAAGAGAAAUCGGUUGGAAUUCAGGAAUCCUAUAAGAUUCUCAAGGAUACAUCCCGAAAAAAAAAUCGAAUCUGGUAAGAAUCCAUAAUAGUCUCCGGGAAGAAUUCAAGGAGUGUAGAAAUACUGAAGGAAUCUUGUGAGAAAUCCUGAAGUUAUUCCAAGAAGUAUUUCUGAAGACGUUGGAUUUAAACUUCCGGAUUUAUCCGCUUCCACAUUGCAAUUUGCAGCAUUUUAACGGAAUCGUCGGCUUGCCGAAAAUAUUUGCUUGAUCUAGGAGUGCUUCUAUUGUUCCUCUAGCACGAAUAUCAAAUCCAGAUUCCUAUUUGAUAUAACUUGCUUUUAGUAUAAUCAUCCAGCGCAAUUUUCAACUUCGUGCGGGAACAAGCUUUCAAAAAAUGUAGUAAACUCUGUAAAGUUUACUUUUGAGUAGAUACUAUCAAUAAGUAGUAAAGUUCGCCACCUUUUUUUUUUGUUCGGCCCAUUGUCUCUAAGAUGAAUUUCUUUAGAUAAUUUGCCGGAAUUUUUCUUAGAGAUUUUUUAAUUUACUCUUUGAAUUUCUCCAAUAUUUUCUCCCGGGAUCACUCUCAAAACUUUAUUCCGAGAAGUCCUUGUUUCUUAGGACUUCAUCCAAAGUUCUUCUCGAGAUUGCUCCAAUAAGUAUUUGCGAAAUUUCUCACAAGAUCUCACUUGGAUUCCUUUCGAUACUUCUCCGAGUAUUUUUUUAGGUCAUCCCAGAAGGCAUUCUGAGAAAAACUCCUGGAAAAUGUCUGCAGGAACUCCGAGAGUAACUGUUGAAGGAAUCCCAAAAGAAAAGACUUGAAUCUAGACACAAUUUCCGGUAGGGUUUUUGAGAAAAACUAACCAGGAGGAGCACUUCAAGAAAUGCUGUCAACAACUACGAGGAAAAGGCUAUAAAAUCCUCUGGAAGAAUUCGCGAAAAGAACUUCAUGAGAAAUAUCAGCAAUACCUCCUGCUGAAAUAGCAAACUCCGAAGGAAAACUUGAGAGAAAGUCCAGGACAAAUCUAGACGAAAAGACAUACCAGCCCCAGGAGCAACACUGGAAGGAAUCUUCUAAUGGAAAUCUCAGGAGAGUCUCCGAGGGCAAUCUUAGGUGAAGCUUCAAGAGAAAUCCCGCGAGAACCUUCAAGAAAUAUCUCGCUAUAAACUCUACGAGAAAGCUCAGGGAUUUUUUUUAAUCACAAGCGAAACUUUGGAAGAAAUCUCGGGAGGAAAUCCUGCAGCAAAUUAUUGAAAAAUUCCUGAAGAAAUCUUCAGAUGAGCUCUAGAAGCAUCCCAGGAAUAACUCUUUUAGAGACUCUCUAGAGGGAAAUACUGACAAAUAUAAGGAAAAAUUAUGUAGGAUCCCCGUGAAUAAUUACAGAGGGAAUUCAGAAAUACUAAAAGAUUCUCAGGGGGUUAUUGCGAAUUCUUAAUAAAAUGCCGAAAGGAAUUCGGAAUAAUCUCCGGGAGAAAUUCAAGAAAUCAAGGUUGCGACAAUUCAUUUGCAAAGAUUUACAUUCAUUUGCUAUUAUCUCAGUUCAGAAGCAUGCUAACGAAAAACAAUGUAUGGAUGAAUUUAACCUUGUAGUUUUAUCUGAAAGUUUGCCGAAUAACAUUAGGGUCGCAAACGUAUACCAAAGUCGUGAGCGAGCUGUGAAGGCAACUCUCCACGCGGUGAAUGUAAAUUUCAUUCACGCUGUGGAAAGUUGCCUUCACAGCUCGCUCACGACUUUGGAAUGCGUGUGCGACCCCAAUGUUAUUCGGCAAACUAUCAGGUAAAACUACAAGGUUUAAUUCAUCCAUACAUUGUUUUUCGAUAGCAUGCUUCUGAACUAAGAUAAUAGCAAAUGAAUGUAAAUAUUUGCAAAUGAAUGGUCGCAACCUUGCAAGAAAUGAAAACAUUCUGAAGAGAUGUUGUGAUGUGAGAAAUCCUGAACGUCAUUCCAUGUUUUAUUUCUAAGGACGUUCCAGAAAAAAACCAUGUAGACAUCCUUGCAGAUUUUAUCUUCCAGAUUCGUAAACUUGGAAUUUGGAGCGUCUCUUCGGAAUCGUUGUGUCGGGAUUUCAGAAAUAUUUGCUUGAACUAGGACCCCGUCCCUUGUUCCUGUAAUGCGAUUAUCCAGUUCUCUACUACACACAUGUACACUACCCGCCAUAAAUAUGGAAUCGCAUAUUGCAACACUCAUAUUGAAUAUUGCAGCACCCAAAAAAGUUUAGCAUCACCCUAAAAUGUGAUUAUUUCAGGUCUUUGAGGCACAAAUCACUUAUGACCCCCCUAAUUCUCUUUCAAAUGCAACUCGUACCACAACCUAAUUGGUUCUAGGUUUACUCUAUUUUUCCUCCUUAUUUUGGGUGAUGCCAAACUUUUUGGGUGCUGCAAUACUGAGUAUUGCAACGAUUCCAUAUUAUUGGCGGGUAGUAUAGUAAAAGCUUAUAUUCAAAAGAAGUAUAAUUUUGUACUUUUUAUUCACACUAACAAAUGUAGUCAAGUCUGUGAACGUUACUUUUGAAUAGAUAUUUACUAUAAGCAAUAAAUUUCGCCGAAUGAAAAGGCUCAUUAUUGUGAAGAAGUUUGCAUGAGAGAUUAUUCCAGAAUUUUUACUAUCGUUCAUUUCUAGAUUGCAUCCGAGUUCCUCCCGUAUUUUUUCGUUCAAUUCCUUCCAAAAUUUUUCACUCGGUUCCGAUCAGGAUUUUUCCCGAGACAUCUUCCACAGCUUAUCUAGUGAUUUAUCUUGCAGUUCUUCCCGUUUGUAUGUACUUCAGUUAUUCUCUCCGCGAUUUCUCCUGGAAUUCGUCUUGAAAUUGAAUUUCUCACAAAGUUUCUCUUGGUAUGUCUUAAUGUGUUCUGUCGCUCACGUCAGGAUUGUUCUCGAAGAUUAUUCGCACAAUUCAUCGUGGAAUCUCGCAAUGCUUCCAGAAAUCACAGGCAGUUGCAGUUUCCUUAACCCUAACUUCCUUAACUUCCUUAACUUCCAUUGGACCCCAGGCGCCUUUCAGAGCUCGUCUUUGAUGGAACACACUCAGCGAGGUGACGAAACUGAGGCCAUGAAGGUAUCCCUUUUAGGGUUAAGGAAUCAUCUUGUUUUCUUCGGGAAGUUAGGGUAUUUUAACCAAUAGUGGACCCCUUAGUAGCUGAAAAUUGUUCUAAUCGUUAAAACAGUAUGAUAUUCCAAUUUAAUUGCCCCUGUCAACGUUUGCACAGCAAGUUCUAUGUCUUUCCUGCACAUUGCACACAAAAACCUUACCAAACCACCCUAUAUUUCCCAUAAAAUAAUCAUUUCAAAUCUGGCUCAAAUUAUCCUAUAGUGGUCCCCCCGGGGUCCACUAUAGGAUUGUUGGGGUCCACUAUAGGAUAAAUCGUAUUCUCUUACCAUGUUAAAACGGAGACAAUAGUGGACCCCUUGGAUUUAACCAAUAGUGGUCCCCCAGAUUUGUUUACAUUUACAAAUUUGUUCAAAAAAUCAAAUUAUUGCUUUCCAGCGUAGCUUCACCACUUGUAACUACUGGCUAGGAACAUGAUCCAUCGUCUCCCAGUGGAAGUUCACCGGUAAAAACAGAUUUAAGCAGGAAAAUUAGGAAAAAUAUAAGGGGGUCCACUAUAGGUAAGGGGUCCACUAUUGGCUAAAAUACCCUAGAAUUCUUAACGGAAUGCCUUGAAAUUUGGCGGUUUCCUCAAACUUAAGCGUUAAAUUACCAUCGUAAUUUUCAUCAAAAUACUAAUUUUUUCAACAGAAUUACUAAUUUGCUGCACCACCAUUGGUUACCUUUAGAGGUAACUUUUGAAAAAGUGUAGUAACAUUCAUGAUAAUUAUAGUGCAUUUUGUGUUCUAUCGAAAAUGCUCUACAAGUGAUAAACUCUUCAACUUAAGUUUAAGGUAAGCUUCUUCUUUUUCAAACAUAGACGACAAAAUGAGAUGAAGUCUCUAACCUCAAAUCUGUCUGGUGAACAAUAACCACUGGUAUAAUUUAAUGUUUUUUAAGGUAGGAAAAUGUCUUUCCAAAAGUGGAAAAAAAACUCGAAUCGAAUCAAAUUGUUAAUAUAGUAAAAUUGUCUCUGCUCUCAUGUUUAGAGGACACAGUGUGUAAACUUCGGAAGCGUACGUGGAGCGUUCUAUAUUUAAUGAAAAUGAUAGGGCAAGUUCUCCCUAAAAACAGUAAGCCACACAUCUCCUACUUCUAUCAGACUGGUGUAAAUAAUCACACACACGCAAGGUUUCUCUUCUGAGGAGAGAAUAAAGGUACGUUACACACAUUAUGAUGAUACUAGAUUAUUGAAAAAAUACGCUUUGCGAAAGGCAAACUUAAGACGGUGUACCCCCAAUUGAUUGUUUUCAUUGCCGAGAGAGUGGUGAUCCGGAGCAAAACUGUAUCCGUCAAUAUAUUUUAUCUUGAAUCGUUUCAACAACUGAUUAGGAAACACUGUAUUUGCGUCAAGAGAUUGUAUUUUUUAUGCUAAGAACCUAGGUUACUUUAUGCUCUGUAAAUAUGAUUUAGCUCCUAGGAAAAAGUUAGAGCUAGUAAGUAUAUGUGUACAAACAACCUGUCGAUGAUUUCAGUUAGUUAUUAGUUUUCAGAGGAAAGUAACCAGCAGCUGUACGGUUUAUGUUUUGCUCAAAAUCUGUUAUGCAACGUGAUGUUUCGUAGAACGUUAACGAAAUUUUCUUCAAUAGUUAUGCAAAGAUCGAAUAGCCUUUAAGGUAUUGUAUGAAAAACACACGAUAAGUUUCCCAUAUUAGCUAAAGUUACUUCUCCAUCCAAGAAUUCCUAAUAGUGGUGCCAUUGAAAUGUGUAAAAAUCUCUAACAAUCACUGAUAGAAUCAAACAGAAUUUUGGGUUGAUUGGUCUUCAUUGGUUGGCCACUCUGACUGUAUGUUUUCGCGGUAUCUUUUGAAAUCAGGUCGUUCAGCGUACUAUGUCGUUACGUAAUAGAAAAAAACUUCGUGUCAAUCGGGAUCAAUUAUCACAAUAAAAUUGAAAAAAUCGAAACAAACUUCUAUGGCAGUGCGACAUAAGUCGAUAGCUCGCACUCUAUUUGCUGAAUGACGGUUCUUCGGAAAUUCACGAGAAUUAUCAUAAUAUUUGCAAAGCAUUUUAACUAACAUGCUUUACUUGUCUGGUGAUCGUAAAUAUUCAAACGACUACCGCACAUAGCCUUGCUUUGUGCGAAAAUUAACAUAAUUUUGCGAGUACAUUACCAAUAUUAUCAUACACCACUUCCAAAUGGUUAAAACUUCGGCAUAGUACAUGCAAUCAAUUUCAUUUGAAUCGAAAAAAAGUUCUCCGUUUUUAUCAUCUCAUCCACGAUCAGACAUCGAUCACAUUUUCAAACUCUCGCUGUGUCUCUCAGUGUUCAGAGUUUUCAUCAGUUCUAGUCUGUAGCGAAGCGUGGUGCAACCGAGCCAACAAUAUAAUGGCAGGUUCACAAUCGGGUUUCUGUAGUAACACGAAAGAGCAGCAAAUCGAAUUUAACUCACUCGCAAAAUCUAGGACAUUUGACUCGAUUAAACAACGUUCGCGUCUAGUGAAUAGUAGAAAACCAACGACGACGAGUUAGAAUUAAAACGUACAUGGCCUGGGACACGAUCAUAAGGGGAAAAAAUUGAAGUGCAUUUGACCCUACACAGAACAUAUGCAAAUCUUGGUAAACCAAAAAGUAGUAACAACAAUGAGCCGACAAAUCUUGAUAUAUGCAUUCGAUGAAACUACAUUGCAGCCUAGUUGCAGUGGGAACUGUUUUUAUUUGAAAAGUAUCGAACUACAAAGUUGUGAGCUUCAAUUCUUCGUGCAGUCUAAAUCCUUGUAGGAAAAAAGAACGUUACAACCAAUCACAUAAAAAAAAUCCUUUUUAGUAGUAUAUCUCAAUUGAGUCAACCAUACAUUGUUGCUGGUUCGACUAUUUUGUAUGUUGAUUCAAUCGUGCAAUUAUUUUGAAAAUUCACGAAUUUUUGAGAAGCAACUCAUAUUGUUUUACGAGUAUGAUAAUUCAGUGAAAGAACUACUUUGCUCAAGCUUUACAAUAUCAGUUUGCAAUAGAUGUAUGAUCAAAUUUGAAUAUUCCAACCCUGGUCAACUGGGACAUAAUCUCUGGAAAUCUUUGUAUGGAAUCUCCAACAAAUAUCACUCGAAUAAGCCAGAGCGAAAAAAAUUGAGCUUCAAUAUGAACCUUUUUUUUAAAACUAAUUGUUUAGGCUUCAAUUAUGUAUUCAGAAAGCUACAUAGCUAUUGUCAAGUAUUUAGAAUACGAGACACAGUUGAAAGCAGUCAAAUGAUCAAAAAAGCGUUGUUCAACACCUCUCAUAUAAAAACAGACCCACCAUCCAAGAAAUUAGACACGUGUACCGAAGCUGAGAGAGAAUGACAUCGAAGAAAAUGAAAUACUAAAUUCGACCCAACUUCCUGACUCUUCUAAAAGGAAACAUGAAUCAUGAAAUUACACAAAACUCAUUUUGCCUGACUUAACUGCGCUAAAAAACCAAAACCAAAAAAAAAACAAAAAUUUGAUUGCAAAAUAAAGUAUGAUGGAUAUCAAAAAUACAAAA